UAAAAGAAGACAUCCAAUAUGUGGAGCAAUAUUUUCGAGUUACUGGCUUUUAUGUAAAAAUUUUACAUAAAAUGACGACACUUUUCCAGCAUACAGACUUUCCAAUUGCCAGAGAUUACUUUGAUAUUUUACUAAUGACUAUGACAGCUCCGCGGUUUAUUCAAAACAGCACUGCUUUAGUUUUUGUCAAGGAUAACGUCUUAUCCGGCCUAAUUAAUAUACUGCCGCUGGUAUUUAAAAAUAAUGAGCUACAACAGUUGAUAUCAUAUCACAUUGAAACAAGUUCAGACCUUUGUUUCGAUUUGGUUGUGGCUUACCUGCAUGCAUGCAUCCUUAUUGAUGAUGAGGAUUAUUUUGGCAGUAAUGCUGAAUUUUUUUCAAACACUUUUAAAGUAAUUUUUCAAGGUGGUAACAUUUUUGUGGAUACAAAUGAUUUUGACGAAGUAAUAAACAUUUAUGCGACCCUAACACUUUUGGAUUCCACACAAGCCUUGCUUCUUAAAAUGCAAUAUUUUGUCAUAAAGGGGAACCUAGCGUUGUCAUUUGCGUGCACAGAAGUACUGAUCUCAGCUUCAAGUUGUGUAGACAUUUGUUCCGAUGAGCUCGUGACUAGACUUGAAUUCUGGUUCCAAACAAGAAACCGGUAUGCCAAAUUUUCAUCGAAUUUCAGACGUCUGAAUAUUGAUCACCUGAUCGGUCAUUAUUUUAAGUUGUGCUUGUGUAAAAUUUCAAUAAUCGAAAUUCAGGCACAACUCCCUUUGUGCUUCACCUCGUUUAAUAAUUGCAAUAUAUUUUGUUAUGCAACGGACUACAUUGAUAAGGCUGAGUUGGAAUCAUCGAGGUCGGCAGUUACCAAAAAAUUAUGCAAACUAAUGGAUGGACGCAAUGGUUUGCAUAUCGAGAAUUAUUAUGAAACCGUUGCUUAUAUGUAUGAGGUGAUGAGAUAUAAAACAGAUAUUUCCAGAGAUGUACAAAAACAGCUGUCGGAUUUGUUAGACAAAGUUUGCAAAAUUUGGACAAAACACAACUUUUCUUUUGAAAGACUGGUGAAUUCUGGAUUGAGUCUAAUGCGUGAAAUACAUGUUACAGAUGCUUCUCUAAUACAAAUACUUGAACUACUAAAGUACGUCGUUGACAGUGGAAAGAACUUCCACGUUCUGUCUUUUUGGUUGUUUCUAGAAGCGUGCAGCAACCAACCAAAAGACUCUAAAGUAUGCAUAAGUGCACAAGCAAUUCUCAAUUGCAUAAAAGUACCGGACAUCAUUCAAGUUAGUAUAUUUAGAAGAACAGCUCUAGAUCCUUGUGCUCCUACAGUUGUUUCAAAAUACUAUGCACAGAUAGAAUACUACAGUGAAUGCACGAUAUGCAUAAAUCCCUAUUUUGUGCAGCGCAAGCGUUCGCGCAGUGAAGUUGGUUAUGAAGAUACUGAGGAAAUUAUCCAAAAUAUUGGACACUUGGUAUCAAAAUUGAAACAUUCUUCA